AUGGAGAACCAAUACCCCUCCACCACCUACAUGCCUCCGCCCACGAGCUUUGCGCCCUUCCCGAGCUACUCGUCGCAUCACCAGCAGCAGUCGCAACACCCUCAGCAACACUCGCAGCACCCUCAACACCCUCAACCCCAGCAGCACCAGGCUCAACAGCACCAGCAACAUCAACAGCAGCAGCAGGGUCCGCCGCAGCAAGAGCCAUCGCGCGACAACCACAACAACCAUGGCCAGACUCUGCCCCCCUUGCACACCCAAACCGCAAAUUUUGGUCAGCUGCCAUCCUUGUACAACGGCUCUGCUAGUCACCCUCAGACUCCCACUUCCGUCCACACGCCUACCACUUCCUCAAUGGGCGCCAGCAGUCUCCAUGCCUUCUCGCAGCAACAGCAGCAGCACCAAUCGUCGCCGGCGACGACUGGUUCCAUGCUGCCUCCGACGUCAACCUACAUCCCUUACACGACUUCCCAAUCGACUCUGCCUCCUGCUUCAACCGUGACAAGUGCUGCACAAACUCCGGCUCAAGCUCGUCUGCCCGACUUGCGUCCCCUUCAGCCUCAGGCUUCGUACAAUGGUCUGUCAACCCUGCCUAGCUUUGGCGCAUCUGGUUUGGUAGCUGCGCAACCGUAUAUGCAGAACCACGAGUCGGAACCUACCCACGUCGUUGGAUCACAGGGAAGACGUGGUAUCCUGCCAAGUGCACCCGGUCGUGCGGCUGCUCCCACACCAGGCACCGCUGCUGCUGCUACGAGCAAGUCGAUGAUCCCAGCCAAGGAUGCUGAUGGAAAGUUCCCUUGCCCACACUGCACAAAGACAUACCUUCACGCAAAGCAUCUGAAGAGACAUCUUUUGCGCCAUACUGGAGACCGACCUUACAUGUGCCAUCUUUGCAAAGACACUUUCUCUCGUAGUGACAUCCUGAAGCGUCAUUUCCAGAAGUGCUCGAUCCGCCGCGGUAACCCUACAGGAGCCAACCACCUCGCCCAUCAGCGCAGAAACACAAACGGCUCUAACCGCAUGUCCAUCAGCAGCACCGAGCCAGUCGCCCUCGCAGGCCUCGCCGAGGCAGCUGGGGCUCCCUACGCUAACGGAACCGUCAUGAACGGCGUCACCAAUAGUCCUACAGUCAAUGGCGAGGGUUCCUCGUACGCAUCCAGCGUGGCUUCCAUUUCCAACCGCUCAUCUCGUGCUAACAGCCUGAUUCAUCCGGGCGCCAUGACCAGUGAUGGCAGAGGUAGCAUCGUAGGUUACCCCAACGGUGUCCCCUACAGCGGCAUGCGCCCUCAUUCGGCCUCGAACCCCAUGCCCCCAAGCUACAACUUCCAGAUGGCCAAUGGCGGCCAGUUCUACCCCUCGAACGUCAAGACCGAAGAGCAGGCUCCCAGCGGCUACACUCACCAGCCCCCUCCGAUCCCCGAAAACCGCCAACCCAACGGCGUCCCUGAUUGGUCCAUGUUCGCACCUCAGCAUGCUCACGAUGGCUUCAUGACACAGUCUCAUCCAAGCCAACCACAGAUGCCCGUCAAGACUGAGGGCGGCAUGGAGGGUCACAGCUACAACUCGUCGAACGAGCAUAGCAGCGAGCAGCAGUUCUUUGGUGGACUCUACUCACAUCCGUCGGGCUUCGGCGAAGAUUCAGGUGCGCACCACCUGUCUGGUUUCCCAAACUGGAAUAUGGAUCUCGUGCAAAGCGAUCCAUUGCAGGCCAAGGCCAAUGCAUUGCUGACGUACGUCCUUUCAAACAGAACAUCCUCAAGCGAUGACGCUUGCGACGAGAUGAAGAAGUGCUUGACUGUCGACAACAUCAAGCACUUCAUAGAGAAGUUCACAAGCUUCCAGGGUCAUUGGCCUAUCAUCCACAUGCCUACUUUCGAAAUCCUCAAAGCCAACCAUGGCCUCAUCCUGACCAUCAUCUGUAUUGGUGCUGUCUACUCCGAAAAACGCGACCUAUACCAAGUGCGAAGAAUGAUGGAGCUCGUCAAAGACGCCGUCAAGAACGGUUCAAGAAUUCACAAUAUUAUCACGGGCGUCGUUCAAGAAGGUAGCCAACCUCUAGGCUCUCUCGAGUCCGAUAUUGAAGAGCUCCAGGCUUUGUACAUGCUCAAGGUAUUGUUUUGCUGGCAUGGAACUCCAAGCCAACGCGCGAAUGCCAGAAAAGACUUUGACAGUGUUGUUGAAAUUGCUCGAAGAAUGGUCAUCUCCCCUGCGGGACCCGGUCAACCUGCAUUCAGCAUCCUUCACCAACCCGGGCCCAUCUCUAACGAAGCUCUUUCUACGUGGAACUGGUCUUCCUGGAUCGCCCAAGAAAGACGAAGCAGAGUCGCCUUCACCCUUUUCUUGCUGGACGCCGCCCUUGUCAUGUAUUUCAACAACGAGCCAAAGUUUGAUCCAUUUGAGUUCCGUCUGCCGCUCCCUUGCGAUGAUGCUGCUUGGGAAGCAAAAACUGAACAAGAGUGUCGUGACGCACUUGGUUUGAACGGUCCUGCAAGACAGGCUCAUAACGUUUGCGGUAGUCAGCGACCUCGCCAGCCAGACAUGAGAAGUGCUAUGCGAGGAUUGAUGGAGGCGAACUACACAUUCUCAUCGCGAUCGACCAACGUCUACUCCAAGUUCAUUCUCAUACAUGCGCUCCUCGUGCAGAUCUGCAAAUCUCAGCGCUCAAGCUUUUUGCAGAACAUCACAGGGCAGUUUGGACACGGUGCUACAACAAGUGGACCCGGCACGCCACUUGGACAGAAUGAGUGGAUUGCCUCAGACGGCAGCAGCAAUGUUGGCACCCCAAGUGACACACCACAGAUCCAGAACGCCCAGAUCCAGCCUAUUCUCAAGUCUAUUCAGCUUGCCAUGAGCAAGUGGAAGACAAUCUGGGACAUGGAUAUAGCUGUGCAGUAUCCACACAAUGGUAUUGGAAAUCGUCGCUUCGGUUUCUCCCGAGAUGGCAUUCACUUCUUCUAUCUUGGUCAAUCGCUUUUGCGCUCGACAAAGGCCUCGGAGUGGACAGCGCCGCCUGAUCUUCGAUUCUUACAGAUCAUGGGCUUGCUCAAGAAGAUCAAAGGCUUUGUCUCAAACGAAAACUCUCAAGGUGGUCUGGAUACUGGCUCUGUUGGCGACAUUGACGACACUUACGGUGUGGGUGACCUGACCCUUGAUAUGAAACUGCUAUUCAAGCCUAUGGGAGAGGCAGACAGCCCUAUAGCUGGCGUUCGCACGGAUAUGAUACGAUGA